AUGGGCAGUGGAGUACUACUGCAGCAAGGAGCAAGAGCAACACGCGAGGCAGCAUAGCCACAACCAUCUCCUUCUCCUUCUCUUCUUUGAAGUUCAGAGGCCAUGUACCUGAACCCAAGAAUCGAAGGCUCUGGCGAGAGGACCCUGGUUCUCUCCCAUGGCUACGGAGGUAGCCAGGCCAUCUGGGACAUGGUGCUACCACACCUGGCACGGAGGAACAAGGUGCUCCUCUUCGACUGGGACUUCUCGAGCGCCCCUGACGCCGGCGAGGAGGGCUACACGUUCUCGAGGUUCGCCGACGAGCUGGUGGCGCUCAUGGACGAGAUGAAGCUGAGCGGCGCGGUGUACGUGGGGCACUCCAUGGCCGGCAUGGUCGGCUGCAUUGCGUCCGUCAAGCGCCCCGACCUCUUCGCCCAUCUCGUCCUCGUCGGCGCAUCCCCGAGGUACCUGAACUCGGAGGACUACGAGGGCGGGUUCGACCAGUCCCACAUCGAGGCGAUGCUGGGCAGCAUCGCGGCGGACUUCCGCGGCUGGGCGGAGGGCUUCGUGCCGCUGGCCGUGGGCAGCGCGGACCCGUCGGCGGUGGAGCAGCUGGCGCGGAGCUUCUUCGCCAUGGACCCGCGCGCGGCGCACGGGGUGGCGCGCAUGAUCUUCCUGAGCGACCAGCGCGGGGCGCUGGACGACGUGGCCGCGCCGUGCACGCUGGUGCACGUCUCCCGCGACUUCGCCGCGCCGCCGUGCGUCGGGCGGUACAUGCAGGCCCGCAUGCUGGCGGCGCGCUGCGCCGCGGCGGCCAUGGUCACCAUCGACUCGGUGGGCCACUUCCCGCAGCUCGUCGCGCCCGACGAGAUGCUGGGGAUACUCGACCGCGUGCUCGGAGACGUCGGCAGGGUGGCAGAGGAGAUGAUGAGCAGCGAGGUGCGCUACAUGUAAAUUGUAAAAGGGUGUUAAAUAUAGGAAUAAGUCCAUUUUUUGACCCCUUAGUUAUUGGGUUUGUCCAACUUUAACCCCCAACUACGAAACCGGACACAAUGGACACCCUAAGUUGUAAUACCGUGCAACUUUGGCACCUGUGCUCAUUUUCAGUGGUUUUGCGCUGACGUGGCGGCGGUUUUGGACACGUGGCGCUGACGUGGCGGACAGAGGGAGAGACUCAGAGAGAGAAGGAGCAGAGCAGAGCCAUUGCCGCCGCCGCCGCGUUCGCCGCCCGCACGCUCGCACCACCGCCGUCGAGGCCGGCUCCUGUAGCUCCUCCCCGGUCUGCCCGGCCUCUGCUCCUGCUCCCGAGCGUUGCGCGCCUCCAACCCCGUGCAGGCAUGCGCGCCCGCACCUGGUCCUCCUCCUGCACGCCGUCGUACGCGCCGCCGCCACGCGUCCUGCACACGCCCGUGCGCCACCGCGCCUGGCAGUGCUGCAGGCUACCGCGCCGCUGGGCCCCAGGCCCCUGCUGCCGUUGGACCAGCUGCCCGCGCCGCUGGGCCCCUGCAUGCUACCGGCGCUGCUCCGGCUGACCGCCGCCGCGCUUGCCACCCAGUGGCGGAUCCACAGGGGGGCUGGGGGGUUCCAGCCCCCCUACGGGCUGCAACCUCCAUUGGAACAAGGGGAGCUAGAGGAGGAGAAAGUGAAGGGUGAAGAAGAGGAGGAGGAAGAAGAAGGCUUUAGCCCCCCUAUAGCUGUGACUUGGAUCCACCACUGUUGCCACCGUAGCUGCCCGAUAGAGCGGACGCCACCUGCUCCUAUGCCCGCAGGAGGAAUGGGAGGAGUGGAGGAGCAGGGGACGAGGCGGCCCCAUGGAGGAGCAGGAGCCGAUGGAUCUUGUCGCGCGGGGUGCCGGGCGGGAGGAAGAGGCGCGCCAGACGCUGCUCUGCCUCGCUCCUUCGUCGCACGCCGCCACUGCGCCCUCAAAUCCGCGAGGAGGGAGGCGGCGGCCAUCAUCGGCGGCGCGCGGCGUUCGGCGAGCACGGCGGGGCCUCGUCGGCCACAGGGGCGGCGCCCGCGAGGAGGCAGCACGCUUUGCUCCCUCUCUUUGAGUCUCUCCCUCUCUCCCCCCACUAUGGCAUGUGGGCCUCGGGCCCCACCUGACGGCCACCUCAGCGCCACGUGUGCAAAACCGCCACCACGUCACCUCAAAACCACCGAAAACGAACCCAGGUGCCAAAGUGGCACGGUAUUACAACUUAGGGUGUUUAUUGUGCCUGGUUUUGUAGUUGGGGUUUAAUGUUGGACAAACCCAAUAGUUGAGGGGUUAAAAAUGGACUUUUCCUUAAAUAUAUAUUGUAUGAGAGAUUUCAGAAUGAAUUCUCCGCCGAGUCCACACACACGUACACCUGCCGCCUGGUAUGUAACAUCUACUCAAGUACGCCUACACGGCUGUUUCACCCUUUGCACGGCGUGUAAACGCUAAUCCUUUUGGCCUACACAAGCGUGUAAAUAACUUUUGGCCAAUUA